AUGAGAAAUUCAGUACACUUUGACACAGAGGACGAUUCCCUUUUACAUCAACAACCUGGUCUCGAUUCGAGCGAUGAAGAACAUUCUGAAAAGUUCAACAAUAUAAAUGACAUGGAAGAUCCUUCUGAAAGUUUCCAUGAAAUUAUAAAACAAGGUUUCGUAGACGAUGUUGAAGAAAUAAAAUUAGACAAUUUUCAUUCCUCCACGAGUGGAACUGCCGAGGCAUACCCUGGUUUAAGCAACCAAGAUCGAUAUAAUUUUAUUUUACUUAUUGUUCUUUACUUGCUACAGGGAAUUCCAGUAGGGUUGGCAUUUGGUUCCAUACCCUUUCUACUCAAAUCAAGAUUAUCAUAUUCACAACUUGGGAUUUUUUCUUUCGCCACUUAUCCUUAUUCUCUUAAAUUAUUGUGGUCCCCAAUUAUCGACACUAUUUAUUGGAAAAAAAUUGGUCGUAGAAAGAGUUGGAUAAUACCUAUUCAAUUAUUAUCUGGUGCAACGCAAGACGUGGCAGUUGAUGGAUGGGCCCUAACCUUAUUAUCAAAAAAUAAUUUAUCUUAUGCGUCAACGGCACAAACAAUUGGAUUAAAUACCGGAUAUUUUUUAUCGUUUACUGUUUUUCUUGCGUUUAAUUCGGCUGAUUUCAGAAGUGAACCGAGUGAUCAAGGUAUACUUGAACUCGGAAAAUAUCUUACUUUUUGGUCUUUCAUUUAUCUCGGAGUGACGAUAUGGCUGUUGGUUGCCAAAAGCGAGGAGGAUUCUUCACAUAACGGUGAUCAUAACAUGGAGAUUAAAACUGUUUAUAAAACGAUUUGGAAAAUUUGUAAAAUGCCACGUAAGAAUAUAGAAUUAUUUUUACCAUUAAAAAUAAAGAGAUUUAUUGCUAAUGAAACUGUUACAGGACUUAAACUUUUGGAAUUUGGUUUUAGUAAAGAAGAUUUGGCGUUAGCCGUGUUAAUCGAUUUCCCUGUACAAAUUGUUGUUGGUUAUUUUGCCGCAAGAUUGAGUACUGGGGCACAACCAUUAAAGCCAUGGAUAUACGCUUUUUAUGGGCGUCUAUUUUUUGCCUUGGUUGGAAUCUUCGUUGUAUACUCCUUUCCUUCCAAUAAGGAAAACUCUAGGGAUAUGUCAUAUUGUAUAUUGAUUAAAUUUAAUGUAGAUACAGAUAAUAAUGAUGGCUUUAUUCGAAUCAGCACUGUUCAAUUCGUUAGUAUUUCUGCGUUUAUGGCCUUAAUUGCAGAUCCCGUAAUUGGUGGAACUUAUAUGACUCUUUUGGCAACCUUUAGUAAUUUUGGUGGAACUUGGCCACGUUUUUUUGUCUUGGAAGCAGUCGAUUACUUCACUAUUGCCACGUGUCGUCAUAAUCAGGAAAAUUCGAGUGAGAUUCCUAAUGAUCCUUUUUCAUGUGUUACCGAACUGGAAAAGUCUUUAUGCAAUGAACGAGGUGGUACGUGUGUAGUUGAACGCGAUGGUUAUUAUAUUGCCUCUGUCGCGUGUAUAGUCAUUGGUACCAUCUUCUUUAUGUUCAUUUUACCUCAAAUUAAAAAGUUACAAUCAAUGCCUCCAAAAGUUUGGAAGCUUAGAAUGGAUCGUUAA